AGCAUUAAUCGCCAUUAAUCCCUUUCGAGUCUUAAACCAAAAACAAAGAAAACCUAAAUUACAAACCCAAAUCCGCUUCAUAUGGCCGAGCGUGUGUCUCUCACACUCAACACCAACACCGACACCAACACCAUGUCUUCUCUUCGCACUCAAAUCUCUGCUACUCGUCUCCUCUGCUCUUCCUCCAGAUCUAGACUCGCUCUUUCCGCUUCAUCUUCACCUUCGUCUCUCUCAUUCACCAGAUCUCUCGUCUCUUCUCCGCUUCUCUCUCAGAUAAAGAGAGAUCAAGUUGCGUUGGUGAAUCGGAGCUUUAGCUCGUCUUCCGCAACUACUAAAUGUACAUCAGCUACGGAUCCUGAACAAUUGAAGAGUGCUAGAGAAGAUAUCAAAGAGCUUCUCAACACCAAGUUCUGCCAUCCAAUUUUGGUUCGUUUAGGGUGGCAUGAUGCUGGCACGUACAACAAGAACAUCAAGGAGUGGCCUCAGAGAGGUGGAGCUAAUGGGAGUCUGAGAUACGAGAUUGAGCUUAAGCAUGCUGCUAAUGCCGGUCUUGUGAAUGCUUUAAACCUGAUUCAGCACAUCAAAGAAAUGUACUCUGGGAUCUCGUAUGCUGACCUAUUCCAAUUAGCCAGUGCUACUGCUAUAGAGGAAGCCGGAGGACCAAAAAUACCUAUGAAAUAUGGAAGAGUUGAUACCUCCAGUCCUCAUGAAUGUCCUGAAGAAGGAAGGCUCCCAGACGCUGGUCCUCCUUCACCCGCUAAUCAUCUCAGAGAAGUUUUUUACAGAAUGGGACUCGAUGACAAGGACAUAGUUGCAUUAUCUGGUGCCCACACCUUAGGAAGAUCUAGGCCAGAACGUAGUGGUUGGGGGAAGCCAGAGACGAAGUACACGAAAGAGGGACCGGGCGCACCAGGAGGACAGUCAUGGACACCAGAGUGGCUGAAGUUUGACAACUCUUACUUCAAAGAAAUCAAGGAAAAGAGAGAUGAAGAUCUCCUAGUCCUACCCACUGACGCUGCCAUCUUUGAAGAUCCUUCUUUCAAGGUGUACGCUGAGAAGUAUGCUGCAGAUCAGGAUGCAUUCUUUAAUGAUUACGCUGAAUCCCAUGCAAAGCUCAGCAAUGUUGGAGCAAAAUUCAACCCUCCCGAGGGUAUCACUAUCUAAAGGGGACCUGACUUACUCGUCCAGUGACUCUUGAUUUUAGAGAAACGUAGUACAAUAAUGUCGAAGAAGAGAAGCAACGGGGAGUGAUGUUGGAGACCAACAUGUGAGAAAGUUUUCGGGGAACUUUUCUUCUGAGUUUUGCAGAUAUUAUUUGAACAGUUUUUUCUGCCUCUUAUUUCGUUUUGCCUCAAUUAUUCAUCGUUUGUCAUGGUUGAAUCGUCAUAAUGGUUUUGGGCAAUUUGCUGUUUCUCUUCCAACAAAUUGCGUAAGCGAUAAGAAAUGAAGAUCUAUACAAAUUAAUGAAGAAAUAGUUUGAUGUUA